AUGUGGAAAGCCGUCGUAGAUGCCUUCAAUGGUAGUACACAGACACCAAACGAUGAUAAUGAGCAAAGUUACGAUUUUGUCCAAGUGCAAGCCAUUGUUAAAAAUGAGGGCGGAUCCCAAAUUUUACUGGAUGUAAGAGAACCCGACGAAUACGCCAGUGGUCAUAUUCCUGGUGUUCCCAACAUGCCAUUCAGAAGUCAUCCACUUGCCUUACAUAUUCCUCCUUCUGAAUUUCACAAGGAUUUUGGAUUUGUAAAGCCCGGUAAAGAAAAGGAACUUAUCAUGCUAUGUGCGUCUGGUUUUAGGGCAGGUAAAGCUAAAAAUGAAGCACUAAAGGCCGGAUACCAAAAUGUGAGUUUGUAUUCUGGUUCGAUGAAAGACUGGGUUGCCAAGGGUGGUGAAACAGUGGUGGAAAGCCAAAGCUAG